CCUGAUGUUAAAGGUCAUGGAGUACAUGUGAACGCGUCAUCUAAUCAAUAUACCCUUAGCACUAGUGGGUACGAGGGGCGACUGUACAUAAUCAGCGUUGUGGCAUUAACCGAAGGUGGUCGUAGUAACAUGUCUACGCCGGUUUAUGUGAGAGCAACACCGACACCGGAAAAACCGAAGCGAGUCCAGGUGACGUCAUCAAUGUAUGGGCUCAUUGUGACGUGGACCGCACCAAACCGAAACCCUGACAACGUCAUUGGUUAUAAAGUUAACUUCCGGUAUAAGAACUCCACUAAGACGGAUGGUACUAUUACAUCGAAUUCUAGUGAUAGCAUGGUGACAAACGGGAAGUAUUGGCAUAGCGCCAUCUUAAACAAGGAUACUUUUAUAUACGUCGUCAAUACACGUCAUCGCCCCGGUGUGAAGUUUGACAUCUGGAUGGAAAGUCUCGGUGAAGUUGUUGAUAGCUUUUCAACAGAAGUUGUAACAGCACGAGCAAGUACGUUCAAUUGCGGCGGGUCCAUUGAAUUUGUUAACAAAACACAAUACAUAUCAUCUGGAAAAUAUCCCAACCUGGACGAUGACGACAUAUAUUGUUUUUAUCACGUGAUCAGCAACGGUGAAAUGAUUACCUUGACCUUCGUGGAUCUGACUUUUCAAGCCAAUGGCCUGACCAUGCCAUGCUCGAGUGGAUAUUUACGGGUGGAUGGAGUUGACAACACUUGUGAAUCACAUAGUAGCGGCGCACUAACAUCUUUUUAUGGACACGACCUAAAUCUAGAGUAUCAGAGCAUUCCUGGACGAUCUAGGUUUUUAUUGGUAUUAACGUUAUCUAAACAGGCAGAGAAAGUCGACUUAUCUGAUAUCAGCUGUAGUUUUAUGAUAAUACCUCAUACCAUUAUUAUGAUAAUCUGUGUGUAUAUAAACAUUCUCCUAUCAUAAUCAUGAUACAUAUAUACACAUA